UUCAACAACGAUACUGGUGAGUUUACUGGUUUACCGAAGGAAUGGCAGAAGUUGCUCUCGGACUCGGGUAUCAGCAAAGUGGAGCAGGCGCAACACCCACAAGCCGUGAUGGAUAUCGUGAAAUUCUACACCGAGGUACAGGAGGGGAAGGAGACAGCGGAAGGAGAGGGUGUAUGGAAGAAGUUCAACCAUGCCGAUUCACCCACGACAGCGACAUUCCCUAGCCCCAAACUACCACAAGUCGACAAAAUGCCUGUAGCACCACCCGGUGCCGAUCCGCUGAAACGCGAUCCGGGGAGUAUCAUCCCAGCACGGGCAACACCACCCAAACCCGCCCCACCACCGCAAGCAAUCUCCUCCCCACCACUCGGCCUCUCGAAACCCCUCCCAGCCGGUGUCUAUAUCCCUCAAAAACAACUCGCCGCCGCCGCAGCAUCCACCGACCCCUCCCGCCAACAAUCAAUCGAGAAUCUCAAAAACCGCAUCGCGGAUCGGAAAGCCAAUAAACCCGCUGUCCCGCCUGUUCCGGCGAUCCCUGCACAUGUCGGAGGAGAGGCAGCGGCGCUGAUUCCGGGUGCUGGUGCGAGGAGACGGGAACAGAAGAAGCCGGGGAUGAGGGAUGAGGAGGUUGUGGCGAGAUUAAAGGCGAUUUGUACGGAAGGGGAUCCGACGAAGCUUUACAGGAAUCUUGUGAAGAUUGGGCAGGGUGCUUCGGGAGGUGUCUAUACCGCUUACCAAGUCGGCACGAAUUUGUCUGUGGCGAUUAAGCAGAUGAAUCUCGAGCAACAACCCAAGAAGGACCUCAUCAUCAACGAGAUCCUCGUCAUGAAAUCCGCGAAACACCGGAAUAUCGUCAACUAUAUCGAUUCGUUCUUGUGGAAGGGUGAUUUGUGGGUUGUGAUGGAGUAUAUGGAGGGUGGAUCUUUGACGGAUGUGGUUACGUGCAAUAUCAUGACCGAGGGACAGAUUGCGGCGAUUUGUAAGGAGGUGUUGGAGGGGUUGAAGCAUCUUCACGGACAGGGUGUUAUUCAUCGUGAUAUCAAGUCGGAUAACGUGCUUUUGUCGCUGACGGGGGAUAUCAAGCUGACCGAUUUUGGGUUCUGCGCUCAAAUCAAUGAAGCAGCAACAAAACGCACGACAAUGGUCGGUACGCCGUACUGGAUGGCACCCGAAGUCGUGACCCGCAAAGAAUACGGUCCCAAAGUCGAUAUCUGGUCCCUUGGUAUCAUGGCCAUCGAGAUGAUCGAGGGUGAACCACCAUACCUCAACGAGAACCCUCUACGAGCACUCUACCUUAUCGCUACGAACGGAACCCCGAAGAUCAAUGAGCCUGAGGCGUUGAGUCCCGUCUUUAGGGACUUCUUGGCGAAGAGUUUGGAGGUGGAUGCGGAGAAGAGGCCGGAUGCGACGGAGUUGUUGCAGCAUCCGUUUUUGCAGAAGGCGGAGGCGUUGAAGAGUUUGGCUCCGCUGAUCAGGGCUGCCCGUGAGUCGACGAAGAAGUGAGAUGCAGAAAGGAUAUCGGAGAUCGAUGAUUUAAACAACUACAAGGCCUGAAGGCGGGCGUUCUCGGCGUGUGCACUUGCUCUGCUAUCCGGCUCCCACCGGGACCCUGAAUCGCUCAACAGGGACGGCUUCAGUUUCGUAAAGUAUUUCGGCAGAAGGCGUACGGAUGUGGCAAGAUAUAUUACGGUUCGGUUUAACAAGGAC